AUGGCGAUGCUGUUUACGAAGAUGACUAGGAUUAUUACAGUUGGUUCAAAGAGCGGGUUAAGAAUUGGUGUUUUCUGUAUUCACGGAGCUCUAUUUUGGUUUCUGUAUAGCUCGUUCACAUUUGGAGUUCUGUUCACCAUCAAUCCAUUUGAUCUAAUUUCAGAAUUGCCUCAUUUUCAUCGUUCAUUCCGUUCUGCUUGUCCGUCGUCACUUACUCAAUUUGGCACGCGGGAUUACCCCUCCUGUAGCCGCCCUGGGAAGACCCGUCUUCCUAAAUUUCAUCCACUUCUUCUCAUCCUCUGGAUAUCACACACACAAGCUCGACAUCGUACAAUGUUUCGCUCAAUUUCCGCUUCAGUAGUCCCGGGCUUGAAGAUUGGCAAUGAAUUUGACACAUCGCCAGAUUCCACAUUAUGCUUCUGUCUCCCUUCAUCGAUUGGCGAGCGCCCCUUCAGCACACGCAUAACGGCGGUUAUGCACUUUCGCCCCGGCGCGUCGUUGUCCAUCGUCUCGAACCUCCCGUCGGACUUUAAACGAAUUCCGUAUGAGAUGGAUGGGGGAGUAGUUCGCCACUUGUGGAUAUUCGGAGGUUUGGUGUAUGUGGCGCAGAAGCAAUUCGCAUCACAUGCCCGUUAUCGUCGAGCCGCCUCUGUUAGAGCUCCGUCCACGUUCCGUGCAACAUGGACUGUGCGAUGUGCGGCGCGAUCCCGUUGGAUCCUUCCUUUCCUUCGUUGGCUUGCAGGCGCACCCGAGGCCAUCAUCAGGAUUCCAGGAUCGAACGUAGAACGAAAGUUCCAGAAGCCACACGGAAGUUGUACAUCUCUCCGGAUUGAGCCUUCUCAACGGUCAGCUAUCCAGCGUGGCGGGAACCUGAAACUGGUGUGGCGGCGUAGAACGAUACUUGGUGUGGCACAGUUUGCAGAACACGCACGGAUAUUCCGCUUAGAGUUGCUGAUUGAGUUUAUUGUACAAGAAUUGGUCGUUGGGAAAGCGUUGGGUGAAACUGUGCGACCUUACCAUGGCCAUGAGGCGGAGACUUACCAUGAUCUGACUAUCGAUAGGAACGCCUAUCUCCGCAUCUUGCUUUUCUGCGCUCAGGCAUCCAUGCAAAGCUUUGUCAAAUUGGGCCGAUACUAUACGAUGCAGGACCCCAAAGAGGACGGUGAGUUCGAGCGGAAUGGGGUGAGUCUCAAGAAGCCAAAGUUGCUGUCGAUGAGUAUGUUGAUCCUUCCAGGAUAUCUCAUCACCACCGUAGCUCUCCUUUCUUCCCCUUGUCCCCCCGACCCUAAAACUAUAACCAAAAUGAUGAGAGCUCGAAAGCCCCGUGCUACGAAAUACCCGCGGAGGAACGGAGCGCAAUCCUUAAUACCUGUGAACCGGGGGCCUACAAUGGUAAGCAUCAAGAGGGGAAAUGGUGUCGAGCAAGCUACUCCGUCAGCCAAAUUCUACACUGCUAUCUACCAGAACGAGAACUAUGACAGUGAUUCUGAAGAUGCACUUUGUGUUAAGCUGUGCGAAAUGUGGGCGAUGGUAGAUGUAGCAGUCGAUGUGUUCAUCUCCGCACAUGCCUACCAUAUGAUUCAACUCUGUAGAGAUACAACAGGUCCCAUAAGAGAGCACCUUGUGAAAAAUCUCUGGCAAAUGCAAACUCCGUCCGCUAUCGAAAGCACUCAAACUCAUAUCUCAGACGCAUCUUCUCUUCGUCUCCCAUUCAAUGGAAUUGGAUGUCGGAAAGAAUUGAUGCAGGAACCAUCACAGGAAUCCACGAUUGAUGUCAUAGCAAGCUAUUACUGGAUUAUUGAAGAGCUGCGUUCGGAUCUGAUUACAACUAUAUCUCCACACAUAUGUGAUAUAAUCUCAACCCGGGCGUUGGUGCGGUCCUCUCUCAAGUCGGAUGGGGCCAAGAAUAUGUUCACUAAGCUAUCUGUUAGGCAAGGCAAGCUGUGGCAUCUGCCACUUAUGGCACCCCUUCUUGCACCCCUUUUCUUCUAUUCAUUCUACGAGGAGAUUAAUAGAGGAGCACAAUACGAUACGAACGCAGUAGGAUCAGAUCUAGUGAACCAAGCCCGCAUCAUGGAGCGAUUUUGCUCCACGUUAGCUGGGAUUCAAGGUUUGAUGCCUUGGAAAAUUCGGACGAAUAUUCCAGUAUACCACCUUACGAUCUCCCGUAAGAUUGCACGGCUGCCCCUUUUGGCUUAUGCGCUGGAGCAACACCAAGCCAGACACCCAAGCCUGAAUGAACGAAAACACACCUGUGAAGGGUGUCCCCAGAAAUUCCAAUACCAAAAAGAGUCGGCACGACAUGUCGAGGCCAAGGACCCCGACAAGAGACGUACAACCGCCCAUAUUCGUUUGAGUCAUACUAAAUGCUAUGCACCUCCACUAGAGAGUGAUUUGCGAAGAUACCUGGAAAGUAAGCACGGUACACGAAAACACAAUUUCUUUGAUCAGCAUGUUCAGAAGCACUAUCCAGAGCAGGAAGUCGAGAUUCCGGUGGAAAGGUAUAGCUCAGGAACGAAUCGCAUUCGCUAUGACCUCCGAUCCAGAUUAACGGUUGAAGAAUCUCCUGCCGCUCCGACGUCGAACGCGUGCUCUAAGUAUGACUGGGCCUUGUUUGAAGCCAUUGACUGGAUCUCUAGCUGCGGGAGCUUGCCCCUUUAA